GGGGAUUGUAGGGGAGGGGGGGGAUGUGGUGAUGGGGGAGGGUGGUGAUGAAGGCGGGGAGGGGGAUGGGGAUGGAAAUGGGGAUGGAAAUGGUGGUGGCAAGCCGGCGUGGGAUCCGGUGGCGGAUGAGAUUAAUUAUCCGAGGGUGCUGAACAGGUUGCUGCCGCCGGAUAUCAGGGUGCUCGCGUGGGCACCGACGCUGCCGGAGGAUUUCUCGGCGCGGUUUUCGUGCCGGGAGCGCCAGUACCGGUAUUUCUUUACCCAGCCCGCUUUUCCGCCGCUACCUGCCUCGAUGGAUCCGGAGGGGAAGAAGGGGAAUGAGGGAUGGCUUGAUAUUGACGCUAUGCGGGAGGCGGCCAAGUUGUUUGAGGGUGUCCAUGACUUCCGAAAUUUCUGCAAGGUCGAUGGGGUCAAGCAGAUCUCGAAUUUCAAGCGGAGGAUGUUUGAGGUGGAUAUUGUGGAAGUGGAAGACGCGGGUUCGGCGCUGCCUUACCUGGCCCAGCAGGGCUUCAGGUCGGAGGGCUUAAAAGACGGGACCAAGUACCCCAAGGUGUACUACUUCCACGUCCGCGGCUCCGCCUUCCUGUGGCACCAGAUCCGGCACAUGAUCGCCAUCCUAUUCCUCGUUGGGCAGGGGCUCGAAAAGCCGUCUCUGGUAACGGACUUGCUGGAUGUCGAGAAGAAUCCGCGCAAGCCGAAUUACGCCAUGGCCGAGGAGGUGCCCCUCGUACUGUGGGACUGCGUCUUCCCCAAGGUCGACGAUGCCGAGCAGGCGGCGCUCGACGUGCACGAUCCCAACGCGGAGGGCAACACCGCCAUGCAGGACGCAAUGGACUGGAUCUGGCUGGGCGAGGACAAACCGUCGCACCUCCACGGGCCGGGCGGGCUGGUGGAUGGCCUGUGGGAGUACUGGCGCGAACGCAGGAUGGACGAGCUGCUGGCAAGUCGGUUGCUGGAUUCGGUGGCGCGGAAGCCCGACCUCAGUCGAAGGCUGGCCGAGUCGGGCGCGCCGGAGAAGCCAAACAGCAGCCAGCGGGUGUACGAGGGCGGUGACACGGCCAGGGCGGCGGGGACGUAUGUUCCCGUGCUCAAGAAGCGACUGCUAGCGUCGCCGGAAGAGGUCAACGACAAGUGGGCGCAGAGAAAGGGGUUCGCGAGCGCGGAGGAGCUGGCCAAGACCAAGAACUGGCGUAGCGUCAUCAAGGCGAACAAGGCUGGGAGCAGCAGCGUGGUGGACGACAGCGUAGACGAAUAAACCACCCCAAACCACUCACCCAACCAUUCCGAUUCAUUCCAAUCCCAACUCACAGCUCCAAGUUCAAAAAUAAAACAAAUCGUAAAACAAUCACCCCUUCCCUCCCACCUCCCCCUCAACCAAACACGCCCUAAUCCCCCUCCAAACGGCCUCCACAAUCUUCCUCCUCGGCAACAGCCCCGGAAACAGCACCACCACAUCCUCCUCCCCCUCCACGACCACCACCAAAUAAUACCGCACCUCAAACCCCCGAAACGCCUCAUUGAUCAACACAUCCCGUAUCUUCUCCGUCGGGAUAAACCGCGUCUGCCGCCCCCAUCCCCACUUCGCUGCCCCGCCCGCACCACCACCCCCCUUAAACCCAGACCCAGACCCCGACCCCGACCCCGACCCCGAUCCGGACGUGCACGUCUGGAUCCCC